GAGCCCUCUACAGGGACGUCAUGCAGCAGAACCAUGAGACGGUGACCUCACUGGCAGGAUUCCCCGUUCCCAAACCUGACCUGAUCUCCCAGCUGGAACGAGGGGAAGAGCCGUGGGUCCUGGAUCUCCAGGCCUCUGAGGAAAGUGUGAGCCCGAGAGGCACCUGCACAGCAGGUGAUAGGACAGUGAAUGAGAACAAAGAGGAGAAUCAGCAGCAGGAAGGUCCUGAGGAAGUGGAACCACAUGAGAGGUUUUUGAGAAAAGCUGAAGGGAAUAUUUCCCAGUGCUUGGAGCAGGGAAAUGCCUGGGGAGAUCGACACAGAUCAGAGAUGCAGCUGGGAAACUAUCCCAGGAAGAAACUGGAUGAAUCCUCUGAAUGUGAUGGAGGAUGGAAGAAUCCCAAGGAAACCACCAUCCAGCAGACAAGUCACAAUGAAGAUAAACCCUACAAAUGCCUUGAUUGUGGGAAAAGAUUCCAUUUCAGUGGAAACCUUCUUAGACAUCGGAGAACCCACACAGGAGAGAAGUCCUAUAAAUGCUUGGACUGUGGGAAGAGCUUCCGUGAGAAGUCAAACUUUACUACACACCAGAGACUGCACACAGGAGAGAGACCCUAUAAAUGCCUUGUGUGUGGGAAAAGAUUUAAUGGGAGGUCACAGCUUAUGUCACAUCACAGAACCCACAAAGGAGAGAAGCCCUAUAAAUGCUUAGACUGUGGGAAAAGCUUCAGUAGGAAGCUAGUUCUUAUUGUACACCAGAGACUGCACACGGGAGAGAAACCCUAUAAAUGCCUUGUUUGUGGAAAACGUUUUAGGCAGUGGUCACUGCUUAUGUCACAUCAGAGAACAAUUUCAGGAGAGAAGUCUUAUAAAUGCUUAGACUGUGGGAAAACCUUCAUUCACAAGUCAAACCUUAUUAUACACCAGAGCUUACACACAGGAGAGAGACCCUUUAAAUGCCUUGAGUGUGGGAAAACUUUCAGUCACCGCUCAAAUCUUACUAAACACCAGGAAAUCCACAUCAGAGAGAUGCAUUAUAAAUGCCUCGACUGUGGGAAAAGCUUCAUCGACAGAAUAAAAUUUACUAGUCAUCAGAGAAUGCAUACAGGAGAGAGACCCUAUAAAUGCUUUGACUGUGGGAAAAGCUUCAUACAGAAAUCAAGGCUUACUGUACACCAGAGAGUGCACACAGGAGAGAGACCCUAUAUAUGCUGUGAGUGUGGGAAAGGUUUUAUUCGGAGCUCAGAGCUUAUUAGACAUGAGAUCACCCACACAGGAGAGAAACCCUUUAAAUGCCAUGAGUGUGGGAAAAGUUUUAAUCAUAAUUCAUUGCUUAUUAUACAUCAGCGAUCCCACACAGGAGAGAGACCCUAUGGAUGCCUUGAGUGUGGGAAAGAUUUUAUUGAGAACUCAGCACUUAUUAGACAUAGGAGAAUCCAUACGGGGGAAAAACCCUAUAAAUGCCAGGAGUGUGGGAAAAGUUUCAGUGUGAAAUCAACCCUUAAUACACAUCAGAAAACCCACACAGGAGAGAGACCCCAUAAAUGCUUGGACUGUGGGAAAAGCUUCAUUCAGAAGUCAAAGCUUAGUGAACACCAAAGAGAACAUACAGGAGAAAGACCAUAUAAAUGCCUUGACUGUGGGAAAACUUUCAUUAAGUGCUCAGACCUUACUAAGCAUCAGAGUAUCCACACACCAAGCGACAAAUCCUAUAAAUGCCUCGACUGUGGGAAAAGUUUCCCUGACAGAAUAAAACUUACUAGACAUCAGAGAAUCCAUACUGAGGAGAGGCCCCAUAAAUGCUUUGACUGUGGGAAAAGCUUCAUACACAACUCAAGGCUUAUUGUGCACCAGAGAGUGCACACGGGAGAGAAACCCUUUAAAUGCCAUGAGUGUGGGAAAAGUUUUAGUCAGAGUGCAACGCUUAUUACACAUCAGCGAACCCACACCGGAGAGAGACCCUAUGGAUGCCUUGAGUGUGGGAAAAGUUUUAUCUCAAGUUCAGCCCUUAGUAUACAUAGCAGAAUCCACACAGGAGAGAGACCCUUUAAAUGCCAUGAGUGUGGGAAAACUUUCAGUUACCGCUCAAAUCUUACUAAACAUGGGGAAAUCCACACCAGAAAGAUGCAUUAUAAAUGCCUCGACUGUGGGAAAAGCUUCAAUAAAAGCUCAGCGCUGACCAAACAUGAGAGAAUCCACAAGGAUGAGAAAUGCUAGGAAUAGCUUGACUGCAGGAAAAGAUUCAAUUUGACUUCACACUUCAGUGACCCACACAACAGCGAGACCUUGAAUGUGGGGGAAGGUUAAUAUGAUGCUCCUGGAGUAUCAGGCAUCUGCAAAUCCACACAGGGAAGAAACCUCUGAGAUAUUCUCAAUGUGGGACAUGGUCCAAGAGUAGCAAACAUAAUAUUGGACAUCAGAGACUCCUCCACACAGCAGGGAAAUUCUCUCAGGGCCCUGACUGGGGCCAGUCAUGGUGACAAACCCAUUUCCUCAUUCCCACACACACCAGGGGUGUUUGGCUCCCAAGGAUCCAGCUGCCCAUGGGGGGGAGGGAUAGCUCAGUGGUUUGAGCACU